UAGGACUGAGUGAGUGUUAUUCAAAUAGGACUGUGCGAGUGCUUGCACAGGAUUGGCUCGUCACUCUUCCGCCAUAGCCUAGUUAGUUAUAGCCUUGGAGGUUUUUUCUACUCUUAAAACAUGACAGACUAUACUAUGACACCUUUAGGGAUGUAAAUGUAUGAAGGUGUAUAUUCAUGUUUAGUGUAAUUGAUGGUAAAAUGGCACCAAACUUGUAAAAAGGUAAAAUUUUCAGGUCAAAUUCACCAAAACAGUGAAAAAGUGGGUAUUUGCGCCCUCUAGCGGUCAAGUAUGUGAAUUACAGCUGCAGUUCAUGAUUUUCACCGCCAGAGGGCGUAGUUUCCCCACAAAGAUAUGCUACGGUGACAACACUGCAGUUUGAAGAGCUGCUCUUCUCCGUGUCAACAUCAGGAGAUGAAACAACAACUAGCUGCCUUUAGCUCCAAAACAAGCUAACAGAGGUGUGAUCCAGCUCCCUGUCUCUGUGGACACUUAGAGGAAAGGUGUGUGGAGCCAGCAGGUCUGCAUGAAAGCAGCAGCAGCAGAAGCAGAGACUGACACACAGAUGGAGAAGUGAACACCACUGAUGGAAACCCAGAGGAAGAGCUCUGGGGAUGACGGGGAAGGAGAGCGAGGUCUGCUCCACACCUGGAAGGGCUACUCCUGCAGUGUCACCCCGGAGAGGGUGCUCCUCCCCCGGCCUGUCAUUCAGGUCGCCUUAGGCACCCGACAUGGAGUUCUUCUGGUGGAAGGUGGACAGGUGUUCAGUUUUGGGGAGCUGCCAUGGAAGCAGAGUCAACUGACCGAGCCGGAUAAACCCGCUCUAGAGAACGCGCUCAGUGGCCAGCGGGUGGUCUCCAUCGCAGCUGGAAGCUUCCACAGCGGCGCUGUGACAGAGGAUGGCGGCGUCCACAUGUGGGGGGACAACAGCUCAGGUCAGUGUGGCCUGUCCAGCCUCAGCACCGUCCCUAACCCGACCCCCGUUGCUCUGCUGGACUCUGAUACCAAUCCCCAGCAGACGGUGCCGGUCCUGGAGCUGGCUUGUGGGGAGCAGCACACCCUGGCUCUGUCAGUGCAGAGGGAGGUUUGGGCGUGGGGCAGUGGCUGCCAACUCGGCCUCAACGCCACCGUCUCCCCGGUGUGGAAGCCACAGAAGGUUGAACACUUAGCAGGCAGGUAUGUGCUACAAGUGGCCUGCGGGGCUUCACACAGCCUCGCACUAGUGCGCUGCCUCGGCCCUCAAGACCUACAGAGGCCCCAUGUGGACAAAUGCAGACAGUGUAACCAGCUGCUGUACACGAUGACGGACAAAGAGGACCACGUCAUCAUCUCUGACGGACAUUACUGCCCCCUCGGUGUAGAGCUCACUGAGGACCAGGGCCGGCUGGAAACGCCGGCUCUGAUACAAAUCCUCAGAACGUCCCCGUCUGAGCCGGUCCUCCCCUCCCAAACCUCCACCUCAAAUUCAGGGACCCCUGGACCUUAUAAAGGCGCUGACUCCUCCUCUGAUACCACUCAGGAGACAGAGGAACCAAGUUUGGCUAAUGGGGCUCUUCCAGCCUCAGACUUAAACUCCUCGGCUCAAGUUGGUGGUGUUCCGGGGGUCAAGAAUUCUCCAUACCCAGAUGAGCAGGCGGUCAAAGACUACCUGAAGAAACUUUCAGACAACACGCAGACUGACCAGACCUCCAAAACAACCUCUGGAGGUCUACACACUUUGCUGCCCUCAGCAGGAGGUCUCACUUCCUCCACUCCUGGCUCUGCGCUCAACAAUCUCGUUGCCUCCUGCGCCUCAGCUGUGGGCGAACGUGUCGCAUCCACCUAUGAGGCUCUGUCCCUCAAGAAGAUGAUGAACUACCUGCCCGCUGGAGUGGCGAGGCCAGGCGGGACCGCGGGACUCACAGGUGAUAACAGCACAGAUCGAGUCCGCAUGGAGGAGUCCACACAGGCCAAGAAGAGCUCCAGCACCGGAGACAUCCGUGAGGAGGAGGCAGAGGGUCUGCGGCGCCGCCUCUCGCUCCCAGGACUCCUCUCACAGGUCUCCCCUCGGUUGCUGAGGAAAGCCGGUCGUCCAAGGAUGCGUGCCGUCGCCCUCACUCCGCUGGGAGGAGCGGUACCUGAGGCCCAGGAUGUGUUCCCCACCCUGCAGACGGAGGUAUGGAGCUGGGGACACAGUGAGCAAGGACAGCUGGGACAUGGAGACAAUCUGUCCAGGUUACAGCCGCUGUGCAUCAAGAGUCUGAACAAUAAAGAGGUGGUGCGGGUGGCUGCUGGUGCGCACCACUCCCUGGCUGUGACUGCUCAGUCUCAGGUGUUCUCGUGGGGCAGUAACAGCUGUGGUCAGCUUGGGCACAUGGAGUCGCCCAGCACUAUCCCCCGCAUUGCAAAAAUGUCAGAAGGGAUCCGGGUCUGGGAUGUGAGUGCAGGAGAGAGACACACGGUCCUGCUGGCGGACGGAGAUUGCAUCCAGCCCAUCAUUUACUACAGCGGGCAGCAGGUGAAGGAGGGAGAGGAGGAGAGCCACGCCAAGGAGGAGGAAGGGGAGGAGGAGGAGGAGAGGCAGCGAGCGGGGGGCUACACCCAGCAGCCUGUACUGCUCCCCUUCUGUAUGAACCUGCGUUAUGUUAGCAAUGUAUUUGCUGGGGGACAGCGCUGCGUGGCGCUCUCAGACAGGAACGUGAUGGGCUUCAUUGCCAGCCUCCAUGAGCUCGCCUCAGCCGAGAGGAAGUUCUACUGCAAGCUGUGCAACAUCAAGACGCAGAUCAUACGCCCCCUGCUGGAGCUCGAGUCUCUGAGUUCAGCCCUUGGUCAGGUGUCCCUUGGGCUCCUGCAGACUCUUGCAGGCAGGUUUAGCCUCCUGUGUCACCUGACCGGGCAGCAUGCCGCGAGCCUUACUGCCAACCUGCGCCGCGGCCGAGACGUCAAGAGCCUGCUCGUUCUUGACAAUGUGGACAUCUUCCUGGACUCUUACACCGAGUACUGCAGCGUGUUGGGAAACUUCCAGGUGAUGGGGGGUUUCCUGAGUCUGACCAAACCCUCACUAGAUUUCUUCGGUAAGACUCCAGAGCUGCUUCAGAAGCUGUCAGAGUGCAGUGAGGAGAACCCCGCCAUGUCUGACCUCCUGGUGGGGCUCUUCUACCUCCCAAUGCGCCACCUUCACGAAUAUGGACGGCUGCUGCUGAAACUGGCAACCUGCUUUGAAGUGUGCUCAAAUGAUUACAAGAAGCUGCAGGAAAGCUGCUCCAAAUUUGAAGCUCUGGUGCUCAAGCUCAAGCGAAGACGAAAAGAAGCGGACUACACCAUUAACUUCUGGAAGAACUUCCCCGGCAAAAUGACGGAAUCCCUGAGGAAGCCUCAACGCAGGCUCAUCUGCGAGAGCAGCAACAAAGCUCUGACCCUGCAGAACGCCGGCAGGUUCUCCGUCAACUGGUUCAUCCUCUUCAGCGACGCUCUGGUCCACGCACAGGGCGUGGCGCCUGUUAAAAGUCUUUUCUCCACCCAUCACGUCUUCCCUUUGGCCACGCUGUGGGUGGAGCCGAUCCCGGAGGAGAACACUGGCAUAUAUGGACUGAAGGUGAUUACACCAGAGGAGACAUUCACCCUGCUGGCUUCCUCUCCCAUGGAGAAGGCUAAGUGGCUUCGCUCCAUCAACCAGGCGGUGGACCAGGCGCUGUGUGGAGCGGGGCAGGACACGGCAUCAAUCAGCUCAGGGUCGGGGCAGAAGUUGGAGCCUCCAAUCUCCAGGACGGCCUCUUACACUUUUUAUAAAGACGGACGGCUGAAAGACGCAAAGUAUGAAGGACGCUGGCUCGCCGGGAAGCCGAACGGCAGGGGAGUGUUGAAAUGGCCUGAUGGGAGAAUUUACACAGGGUCCUUCAAGAACGGACUGGAGGACGGAUUUGGUGAAUUUGUUGCUACCAAUAAGACGCUCAACAAAAAUGAUCACUACCAGGGUCACUGGAAAGAUGGCAAGAUGCACGGCCCGGGUACAUACAGUUACGCCAGCGGUGAAGUUUACGAGGGAUCCUUCCAGGAUGGCCUGCGACACGGUCACGGCAUGUUGCGCAGUGGGAAGCUCAACACCUCCUCCCCCAGUGUCUUCAUAGGCCAGUGGCUGCAAGACAAAAAGGCCGGAUAUGGAGUCUUUGAUGAUAUCACAAAAGGAGAGAAGUACAUGGGAAUGUGGCAGGACAACCAGCGUCAGGGCACCGGGGUUGUUGUCACUCAGUUUGGCCUUUACUACGAAGGAGCCUUUAAAGAUCAUAAGAUGAUGGGAUCUGGGAUCCUCCUGUCGGAGGACGACACCACGUAUGAGGGGGAUUUCUCUGACGACUGGACCCUCAAUGGAAAGGGUGUUCUCACCAUGCCAAACGGAGACUACCUGGAGGGCUCUUUUAGUGGUGAAUGGGGCUCUGGACUCAAAGUGUCAGGGUCCUACUUCAAACCACACCUAUUUGACAGCGACAAGGACAAGAGCCGGGCCGUGAAGCUUGGCCGCCUGUGUGUGUGUGCAGAGGACAAGUGGCAGGCAGUGUUUGAGGAGUGUUGGAGCCAGCUGGGCUGCGAGGCGCCGGAUCAAGGAGAAAACUGGAAGGCUUGGGAGAACAUCGCCGUGGCCCUCACCACCAGCCGACAACACAUCCUGGACAGUCCUGAGGUGAUGUCACGAAGUCACAGCCGAACCCUGGAGAGCCUGGAGUUUAUCCCACAGCAUGUAGGACCGAUCACCAUGGAGCGAUAUCACUCCAUCCGCCUGUACCUCAUCAAGGCGUGUGACACCCCCCUCCACCCGUGUGGACGGCUGGUGGAGACCUUGGUAGCGGUCUACAGGAUGGCCUACGUGGGCGUUGGAGCGAAUCGUCGACUGCUGCCUCAGGCUGUCAACGAGAUCAAGUCUUACCUCAAUCGCAUCUACCAGAUUGUCAGGUUUCUCUUCCCUGACCUGCCAGAAGAGGGCGGCCUCAUUCCAGAGCCGACCAUCAACCUCAAGGACAAGACGGAUCCUGACUCGACUGAUGCCCAGCCAGAGUCACCGAAACCUGGUCGUGUGGUGAGCAGUUCAGGUCUGCUGCUUCCCGUCCUGCUGCCUCGUCUCUACCCGCCACUCUUCACGCUCUACGCUCUGGACAAGGAGAGAGAGGACGAUAUCUACUGGGAGUGCGUCCUCCGCCUCAACAAGCAGCCUGACCUCGCUCUGCUCGCCUUCCUGGGAGUUCAGCAAAAGUUUUGGCCCGUUUCCUUUCCUGUGUCCUUGCCCGUGCUGGGGGAGAAACAGCAGGUUCUGUCCAGCACCAAGGACGCCUGCUUCGCCUCUGCAGUUGAAACAUUACAACAGAUCAGCACAACAUUCACGCCAUCAGACAAGCUGCAGGUGAUCCAGCUCACCUUUGAGGAGAUCACCAAAGAGGUUCAGUCUCUUCUGAAGCAGGACUUCUUGUGGUCGAUGGACGAGCUUUUCCCCGUCUUCCUCUAUGUGGUGCUGCGUGCACGAAUCAGAAACCUGGGGUCAGAGGUCAGCCUGAUCGAAGACCUGAUGGAUCCCUGCGUUCAGCACGGAGAGCACGGCAUCAUGUUCACCACGCUGAAGGCUUGUUACUACCAGAUCCAGCAUGAGAAGAUCACGUAGUCCCAGCAGCGUGUCUCUGUUCCCUCUGUGCAUCUUUAAACCCUCCCACCACAGCCAAUCACAGGGCCGGGAUCAGCCGAGGUGAUGGAUGUGUGUAGCACCCAAUAGGAAGCAGAGGAUCAUACCCGCAGGUUGCAGACAGCUCCAUCUGCUACUGUUAUGGAGACGGGACCACCUCCCCCUCCCUCACACACACACAUACACACAUACUUUGUUUUGCCCUUUAGUGACCUCUGCCGGCUGCUUAAUGGAUCAUUAAGGUAUAAAUGUGAAUAAGUGUCGGUGUUAUACCGGCAGAGAUGAGCCACUUCAAACCGUCCAGUGAAAACUGACAUGACUUCUUGCAGGGAAAACUUGACGUUGGGAUUUUGUUACCUGUGAAGAAUUCAGCUUCAUACUUGAGUUCAUUUUGUGCCAAUGAGAGCAGUUUUGUUCUCUGGAGAUACCGGACCUCAUUUUGAUUAUAUUUUUCAGUAUGAAACAGAAAUAUUUAGCAGAUCUAAGCCAUCGUUCACAGAAGAAGAAAACUAACCUUUUUUAACCCUCAGUGUUUUGGAUUCUUGUCAUUCACCUGACAUUCACCUGACCAGAAUUGACUCCUGAAAGUAUUGUUGCUUUCUGAAACUGACAGACUGUUUACAGCCAUACUAAGCUGACUUUUCUUUUUUGUUCAAACAGUAUUUUCUGGUUUUACAAGAGAAAAAAACUAACAAGAUGAAGGAAAGCUGGUUUGUUAAGAAAACAUACACUUAAGUCCCCCACUCCAAUGAAGAGCAGUUCACAGAGCCAGAACCACAGCGGCUAAUUUACAGCCAGGUUUUAUACUGUAUUUAUGCAAAGACAAAGCAUGUGCAGCAUGCUGUUGGUGAAUGUAAACUGACACGGCUAAAUGAUGUUGAUAUUUCUCUUUCACCAGCUCGAACACAUUGAAAUCUAGUCAUUUGUUAGAUUACCUGGACCUCACACAAAGUUUGGCAGUCACCCAGCUGUUCACACUUCUUUUCAAAUUUAAGAAUUAGCAUCACACUGACAGUUUCAUCACCUUGACUUAUUUGUAAAGCUGAACACUUAACGGUUAUGGUUGCAAAUGUUUUUGAGCACUUUGACUGUUAACACUUGACAACAGAAACCAAGACAAAGAUUAAUUUAAAGCAUUCUUCUGCAGAACCAGACUGAAAAAUAUCAGAGUGUAGACCACCCUUAUCCACAGAGAUAUUGGACCGAAAGACAAUUUGCAGAUUUGAAGCUCUUAAAAAAUGUAAAAUGAUAAUUAUUAAAGGUUAAAUGUUUCUGUUUCAGCUGCAGGUGGAGAUCCAGCAGGCGCUCAGAUUAAUGCAAACAGUUUUUAUAAAUGUGGGUGAUGUUCAAAGCCGAUUCUCUGCGCCAUCUGUUAAUACUAACUGUUCUUUUUAAACCAUUUACAGCCCCGACUGUUAGACAUUGUUGCUUAUUUGAGAUUUGCGUCACACAUGCCAGUUUAUAAAAGGGCUUAGAGGGGAUUCAGAGGAUGACUGAGCCCUUUUUUUUUUUUUUUUUUAAUAUCAUCGCUUUUGUCAUCUCAGAUGGUUUAACAAUGGAGAAGCCCGUAGAUCAGAGGACUAAAUUUAGGUGGAGCUGCUGGAUUCUGAAAAUCAAUCCACUGGAUAUCAGUGUUCGAACUGCCUGAGAUCAGGUCCAAAAUUCAAAGCUUCAUUCAAACAUUCAAAUGUUCUUAUUGGUAGAUGUUGGGGAAAUGCCACAUGCAGCAAUAAUGAAAUCAGAAAUUAAACAAAGCAUCAAACUUUUAUAACGCACGUAUAACUUUACACAUUAUAUCCUCAAGAGUUACCCUGACCCUCAGCUCUCUGUGUGUUUGAUUCAGAAAUAUCUUUUGUGAAUUAGUUUAUUUUGCAUCUUUUGCAGGCCAAGGACUCAGACUCUCUUAUUUGCUUCACAUCUUCCUCUGUCAACGUCCUUUGCGUUUGUUUGUCUUUGCAAUCACCUGUACGGAAAAUAUCAACAUUUUACUGCCAUUAGAGGAAGUGUGUCUCUUUAAGCUUUCUGCAAAAAAUCUAUACUGUAAAGUCUUGCAUACUUUUUGCAGGAAAAAGUACACCUUAACACCGUUUUUACUCAUGCAGAAAGCUCACACUCUCAUCAUAAAGAAUUCAGUGUUCCUUGAAAUUAUUUGGAAGUGUUUUUGUCAAGAAAGAGAGAUGCAUUAUGUUGCUUAAAAAAGACUGUGACUGCUGAGAAGUGCAGCAGGCCUUACAUUCACAAAAACGGUAUAAACAUUCCCUUACUCUUGGAAAGGAAGUGUUAUUUGACUGAAAGGCCCUGUUUCCUGUUUUGCUAUUUCAUGUCACUAAUUCAACUCUUAACACAACAUAUAGGCUUAUUUUUGUUUGCUAGUCCACAACCAAACUGUGCAGAACGACACAUUUAAUGUGAUGGUUUUACAUGAAGUGCUGUUAAACCCAAACUGAAACCUCUGUAUAAACUGAAGUAAACACUCAUAAGCUCACGUUCGGUUCAUGAUGUAAACCUGUUGACACACUACUGUUUGCUCUAUAAUGAAAACAGCUCACACAGGUUAGACUGAUGCAUUGUGUAUAAAGGUAACUGUUCUGUUGAUGAGCUUUGGUGAUUACUAGUUGACGUUUUUUGUGUUUCAGCUGGCUGACAUGACCCCCUCCUCCUGUGUGUCUUUUACAUGAUGUCAGAUGUAUUGUACCUUUUAGAAAUAACACAGGGCAAUAAAUGCAUUCGAUGGAUAUUG